AUGAAAGGGCACUUCACCAUCGAGUGGCUGUCCAAGAGCAGCCAGGGCUCCUCUGGCACUGACCCCCAGCCCCCUGCCCCUGACCUGGGGGGCCCCUGCACCUCCAGCACCCCCCCGGAGACCCUGCCAGGGCUCUACAGCAGCAGGGCCCCGGAGAGAGCGGACGACCGCAGACACCAGCACCCGGAGGCCCCUCCAGGCCUCCUCUCCUCUGCCAGCUCUCAAGGUACAGAACCAGGAUUCGGCAGUAGCACGGAAGAGGAGACGUCCGGUUACGAGAGCGAAGGGGAGCGCUCUCUCUCCCCCGUAACCACACUGGACACGCCCGAGACGUCGCCCGCCGCCGGACGCAGACCGCGCACCGCCUUUACCGUCGAGCAGAUCAAUCGGCUGGAGAGAGCGUUUAAGAAGAACGCGUACCUGGGCACGCACGACAAGGCAGAACUCUGCAAUAAACUCAAUCUCUCUGACAAACAGAUUAGGAACUGGUUUCAGAACAGGCGUAUGAAGUUGAAGAGGACCCUGCAGGACACCCUGACCCAGGCCUGCCAGGCGAAGAUCUCCUCCCAGCUUCUGCACUACCCCCAGCUCCAGGCUUUCGGGCCUGUCCCACACCCAGGCUAUUACCCGGCUCAGGAAAAUCCGUCUCCUUACGCGUCUCCUUUCAGCGUGCACUACAUCCCUUCUCCUGUAGGGGGCGCCAUCCCCACCAUCACUGCCGAUUCCCUUUACCACCAGUACAACAGCCUGUUCGCAGCCGCUGGCAAUAGGACGCUCACACCACCCCAAUACUACCCCGCCCACUACUAAAUCUCCCUCUUACUGGACAGCAGCUGCCCUGCUUAUUUCAUAUCUGCCCCUCUGUGUCAGAGGUUAUUAAAUGCAGUCCUAUGGUCAAGGACUUUCAAGAGAAUUAUAUUCAAAAGUUAAAA